AAUUCAAACCGCGUCAUCAUCCAGCGCCGGAAGUGAGUGGCGAAUAACAGACAUGUCACGUGAUGCGGGGGACUGGCGGCGGCACAGGCGGCGGCUCCUGAUAUACCGUCCUUCGCCUGAUGACUGUCAGACUCCACCUACCCUCCAGAAGAAAGAGGUGACCCCCGACACUGAGCCGUCCUUGCAGACUUCUGAUUCCGGAUAUCAUGGAAGAGAACUCCAGCACAAUCCCUCAUUAAAGAGCACACCUUCUAGAGUUCAGGCCAGAGUACACCAGCGUGAACCGCUGAUACGGACCAAUCGUUCUACGGAUCGGGGGAAUGUAGUCCUGAAUGAGCACCUAUUACAGACUCCCCUUUCCCGAGAUCACAAGGAAAAAGCUCAGCAUGGAGCCCCAUUACAGACCCUUUAUUCCAGUGACCACAAGGAAAUGGUCCAGUGUGGAGCCCCAUUACAGACCCUUUAUUCCAGUGACCACAAGGAAAUGGUCCAGUGUGGAGCCCCAUUACAGACCCUUUAUUCCAGUGACCACAAGGAAAUGGUCCAGCAUGGAGCCCCAUUACAGAGCCCUUCUUCCAGUUACCACAAGGAAAUGGUCCAGCGUGGAGCCCCAUUACAGAGCCCUUCUUUCUGUGACCACAAGGAAAUGGUCCAGCGUGGAGCCCCAUUACAGAGCCCUUCUUUCUGUGACCACAAGGAAAUGGUCCAGCGUGGAGCCCCAUUACAGACCCCUUCUUCCAGUUACCACAAGGAAAUGGUCCAGCGUGGAGCCCCAUUACAGACCCCUUCUUCCAGUGACCACAAGGAAAUGGUCCAGCGUGGAACCCCAUUACAGACCCCUUCUUCCAGUGACCACAAGGAAAUGGUCCAGCGUGGAACCCCAUUACAGACUCCUCCUUCCAGACAUUAUUGGGAAAAAUUACAGCAUGGACACCGAAUACAGACUUCUCCUUUCAGUGACAAGGAAAUAGCCUAUCGUGGCUCCCCAAUACAGACUCCUUCCUCCAGAAAUCACCGGGCAAUAGUCCAAACCACUCCAUCCAGAUACCGUAGACCUUGGAACGAGCAUUGCGCUUGCCUGUUGGCAUCACCUUUGGAAAGGACGGCUAACAGGGUCCUGUUUGUGGAACUGCAUGACAUUUCAUGUCAGGUUGACGCACAGUCUCCGCCCACUGACAGGACGCCGGUGACUGGUGAUUGUUCUGUGCUCAGCAGUGUCGGUUCUCAGAGCCACUGUGAUGUCCAAGGUAGGUCCGAGUCUUCUCAGCUUAGUAAAUUCCAGACCUUUUCCUUGUCAGAGAGCGUGUUCUGCUUAGUAAAUUCCGGACCUUUCCCUUUGUCAGAGAGCGUGUUCUGCUUAGUAAAUUCCGGACCAUUUCCUUGUCAGAGAGCGUGUUCUGCUUAGUAAAUUCCGGACCAUUUCCUUGUCAGAGAGCGUGUUCUGCUUAGUAAAUUCCGGACCAUUUCCUUGUCAGAGAGCGUGUUCUGCUUAGUAAAUUCCGGACCAUUUCCUUGUCAGAGAGCGUGUUCUGCUUAG